UUCUCACAUUUUAAUAUAUACUUAUUUUCUCCUCUUCACAUAUAAAUCACUAGCACCCCUCUCCAAUUUUUCUCCUUCCCUUUUCCAAUCUCUCAUCUUCUCGGUUUUCCAAACCCUUUCCCUCUUCUUCUCAAAAUCCCAAACAUGCAAGUUCCCUUGAUCGACAGACUCGGCGAUUUCCAAGCGGGUUUCAACUCAUUGCAAAACCCACCUCUCCCUUCUCAAAUCGCUACCACCUCCUUCAACGGUCUCCAAUCAGUAUCCAUAGCUUUCAAUUUCUGUAAAUGGGGUGCUGUCAUUCUCGCUUUAGUCGCAACGUUCGGCAGCAUAAUCAACAAACUCACCAUAUUCAUCAUUCAUCUCCGUAAAAAAGCUUCAUCCCUUCCGUCAAUCGCUUUCGACGAUGAUUUCAGCUCCGACGAAGAUGACGACGACGUCGUUAGCUUAUCUUCGUCAUCGGACUUUGAAGGUGAGGAGCCAUCUGUGUCAUCUUCCUCAAGUUUCAACGAUUUUUUUAGAAUCAGAGGAAGCAGUAUAAACGACGAGUUCCAGACUCAAAACGGUGGACAUCAACGACAGCGCAGUAUCGGUGACAUUUUUUCCCUUUUUGAAUUAGCUAACAGUGAAAACGUUGUUAAGCUUUGGGACAGUAUAGGCUUCGGUUUAGGUUUAGAUUUCGAUGAAUACGAGGACGGAGUUAUUUCCUCAAACGACGUCGUAAGCAACCAAAACGCGCUUUCAACUCACGUGGAUUCACCAGCGGUAGUUGUUUCCGCAAGUGAAGGCGCGCGUGGUAAUCUCGCCGUUGAAAUUUGGGACACGCGCCUCCGUAAACGGAAGCCUUCUGUUGUAGCUGAGUGGGGGCCCACGGUGGGGAACACGGUUCGCGUUGAAUCUGGCGGCGUUCAGAAGGUUUAUGUGAGAGAUGACGGACGUCAACGUUUGACGGUUGGUGAUAUGAGAAAAGUCAGUAUUCCUUUAGGAAACGUAACGGAAUCUGACGCGGAUAACACCUGGUGGGAUGCGGAUGCUGUUAUUGUUUCUGAUGAAUCUUACUUGGAACAUUAAUCAAUGUUGCACGCAACUUUGUAAAAUUGGAAUAUUGGAAUUUUAUUUACUAAUUUAAUUUCGGUUUGAUGCUAAAAAAAUUAAUUUAUAAUAUAGGAAAAUAAGGCAUCGAGAUUAUUUGAAAAAUUGCUUAAUUGUUGUAUUGUUUAUUGUUUAAAGUUGACAGCUGUAAAUGAAUAAAUUAGUUCUUCGAAUUUGUA